AAACAAGUCACUAAUGUAGUUGGCAACACAACAAAGCAAGUACUCGUAGACUGCGCGCGCGCCGGCGAUCAAAGGGCGAUCGCGAUCGUUUCAAUUUAAUCCGUCGUUCGAUAUUUGAAUUGAAGUGAAUCGGUGUGUGAUAUUUUUUUUUAUUAAUUUUAAUUGUGAUUUAAAAUUGGAUUGGAUGUUCUUUUUUUAAAUAGAGGUAUCCAUGCAGUUUCACAAAUAGGACGGGAUAUAAAAUUCCAAGAUGGUGGUUGUAAGCAAGCAGCUGUUCGACGCAGCGUGUCGCGAUGCCCAUUGCAGUGUCAUGACGCAUCCCUGGAACGAAAGCUGUCUCAAAGCGUGCCCAGGGUUGUACAAGGAUGCUGUUAUUGGCAGUGCCAAGUUCUACUCUAUUAUUUACCUUGCACAAAUCCUGAUGCGAGGAAAGAAGAUGAUGAAGAAAGAGCAAUGGAUCAAAAUGGGUGAAUACUACGUGCGGUCUACGAUGCUAGGGUUGAUGGUCACAUCGGUAGCUCCUAACAUCAGUUGUUUACUUAGAAAAAUGUUAGGAGAUAAAUUCUAUACUUCAACGUAUUUGUACAUACCUUUUGCUGUGAGUGGACUCUUCAUAUACUUGGAGCCGCCUAGCAGAAGAGGAUUGGUCAUCAAUCUGUUUUGCAACUUGGUGAUCGAGUACUACAUAAAAGUAUUGGAGAGAGCUGGAUUCCCGGCUGUGACGAGAACACACCAGACGCUGAUGUUCAUGUUAGGCAGUGCCUUGCUGUUCUACCUCAUGAGGCUAGAAGGAGACAAGAAGGAGAGGACUGCAUUGUUUUGGCUAUUUACUCCAGAAAAAGUAAAAAGAAAAACAAUCGAAUCGGAAAGUCCUUGUCCGCAUAAAGGGAAAUGUGAAAAAUAUGUUGCAAAGGGUUUCGCAACAUAUUUUGGAGUGGGUCUCGGCAUAUCUCUAGCGAGACUGAUCCUACCAAAAAUUUCAACUCCUAUUAAGGCGAUAUCGUCAAUUAGAAGUAAACACUUCAAGCUAGCGAUGUUCUUCGGCAGUUAUAUCGGUAUUUACAGAGCGGUGGUAUGCUACUUGUGUCGUAAGAAAGGAUUUGACUCGGCAUUGUACGCGUUACCUGCUGGAUAUGCCGCGGGAAUAUCGUUCUUAUUCAACCCUAGCUUAGGGUUGUCUAUAGCGUCGUUGACUGCAGCAUUCAAGCUGUAUUCAACAAUUUUAUACGAGAAGAAAAUCUUGCCUUCAAAUAUACCUCUACCGGAGUUGCUAUACUGUUUCUGCCAAGGAACGCUAUUCAACGCUCGCAUCUUGGAUCCUGAUGCAUGCCCCAGCUAUGUGUUCAAUCUUAUGAAGUCUUGCAGUAAUGGACGAUCCGAACACGUAUUCAAGAGUUUCUCUGAAGUAAUUCGACGUGCGAUGUAAUAUUUAGUUUAAGGAAUUUUAGACCAAAUAUUUACAAUUAAUCGGUUGUAUUUAAGACUUUAAAACAAUCACAAUUUUUUUAUUAAAUAAUUUAUUAAAAUUGCGUCCGAUCCGAAUAUAAUUAUCACCCUUAGUAAAUGUAAAAGUUUGUUUGCAUGUUUCUCCGUCAGUUAUGCUGAAAAUACUGAAUGGAUUUUGAUGACAUUUGGUACACAGACAGGGUAUAAACUGACUUGGUUGAUAGAAUACUUUUUACCUCACGGCAACGCGGGAAAAGCCGUUGGCAGGAGCUAGGUUUAAAUAUGUAAAUAACAGAGGUAAUGGAUUCCUAUUCCGAUAAUUUUACCAAAGAAGUAAAAAUAUUGUGUGUAAUGAAAAUAGAGAUCAAAGUUAAACAAUAAUAAUACAUUUAAAAAAAACGUUAUCCCACACUACUACUUUCUUCUGGGUGCGUUUGAAAACAUAAAAACCAGAUCCGAAGCAACAAUUCGUGGACCAAAACAAAUGACCCACAUUCGCAAAAUUAUUACCAAUUUUUAAUAAGAAAUUAUUUAUAUUUGUUUGUAUGUAAUAUGAACAACUGAUUGGAUUAUGUAAUUAUUAUAAAUAGAUAACGUUAUUGUUAUACGGGUGAUGAGUAUCAAAGUUUAUAAAAAAAUAAAAUAAAAACAUUUCAAAUCGA